CGUGGAGAGAGAAUGCUUCUCCAAGCCCUGAUCCGCUUUGCUGCUCUGCAUGACUUCUUCCUUCACAUCAUCCUCAUCUCUUGUGAGACAUGCCAGAGAGGAAUCCAGGCUUCACCUGGUGCUCUGAGCUCAUUGUAGAUGAUAUUCAGCAGGCGUUGGCAGGCGGUGCAGUAAGGAUCCGGCCAGGACAGGAAUUGGUGGAAAAGCAGGAGUGAGAGGACCCCCCUUUUUUUUCUGCAUCCCACCACAGAUGGAAUGGGACAGACGGAGCCGAGGGUGGCCAGAGGUGUGACUGACUGUGGACACACACAGACAGAGCGACUCACAGCCAGCCGGCCUUUCACAUCAUCUCAUUUCUUCAGAGAGGAAAACACACGAUCACAAGUUUUUGUGUGCGCGUGUGUGUGCGUAGCUGAAAAGGUUAUGAUUGAUAUUUUUAGGAGUUUUGCAGCACGCUAACCGGCUGAGUAGGUUUGAUUUUUGUUAGGGCUCUUUUCCCGGCGAAGUCCCCGCGACGCACGGACUAAAAUGCGAAGGAUUUUGGAGCUUUGGCUCACCUUAGUGACAUUCUGCGCCCUGGGCGAGAGAGUUUUGGGGGGCUACGGACUGAGCAUGUUUGCCGCCCAGUCCUCCCCCCCGGACCCGUGCUACGACGAGAACGGGAAUCCCCGAAGGUGCAUCCCCGACUUUGUCAACUCAGCCUUCGGCAAGGACGUGCGAGUGUCGAGCACGUGCGGCUCCCCCGCGGCCAGAUACUGCGUGGUGUCCGAGAAGGGGGACGAUAGGUCGCGAGACUGCCACACCUGCGACGCGGGGGACCCCAAGAAGUAUCACCCGUCCGCUUACUUGACGGACCUGAACAACCCGCACAACCUCACUUGCUGGCAGUCGGAGAACUACGCGCAAUAUCCCCAGAACGUCACCCUCACCUUGUCCCUGGGCAAGAAGUUCGAAGUCACUUACGUGAGCCUGCAGUUUUGCUCCCCCAGGCCAGAAUCCAUGGCCAUCUACAAGUCCAUGGACUACGGCAAGUCCUGGGUGCCGUUCCAGUACUACUCGACCCAGUGCAAGAAGAUGUACAACCGGCAGAACAAGGCGGUGAUCACCAAGCAGAACGAGCAGGAGGCCAUCUGCACCGACUCGCACACGGACAUGCACCCCCUGACCGGGGGUCUCAUCGCCUUCAGCACCCUGGACGGGAGACCCUCGGCGCACGACUUCGACAACUCGCCCGUGCUCCAGGACUGGGUGACGGCCACCGACAUUAAGGUGAUCUUCAGCCGGCUGCACACCUUCGGGGACGAGAACGAGGACGACUCGGAGUUGGCCCGAGACUCGUACUACUACGCCGUGUCGGACCUGCAGGUGGGCGGACGGUGCAAGUGCAACGGCCACGCGUCCAAAUGCGUCAAGGACAGAGAAGGUCAGCUGGUGUGCGAGUGCAAGCACAACACGGCGGGACCCGAGUGCGACAGGUGCAAACCUUUCCACUAUGACCGACCCUGGCAGCGCGCCACGGCGAGGGAGGCCAACGAGUGUGUCGCCUGCCACUGCAACCUGCACGCUCGCCGCUGCCGCUUCAACAUGGAGCUGUACAAGCUGUCGGGCCGCCGGAGCGGAGGCGUCUGCCUGAACUGUCGUCACAACACGGCGGGCCGCCAUUGCCACUACUGCAAGGAAGGUUUCUACAGGGACAUGAGCAAGUCCAUCUCACACCGGAGAGCUUGCAAAGCAUGUGACUGCCAUCCAGUCGGAGCAGCAGGGAAGACGUGUAACCAGACGACAGGCCAAUGCCCUUGCAAGGACGGAGUUGCGGGAAUCACCUGUAACCGAUGUGCCAAGGGAUACCAGCAGAGUCGCUCUCCCAUCGCCCCCUGCAUCAAGAUUCCAGUUGCAUCACCUACAGCGACUUACAGCAGCUACGAUGAGACAUCAGAUUGUGAAUCCCACUGUAAAGCUUCCAAAGGGAAAAUGAAGAUCACCAUGAAGAAGUACUGCAAGAAAGACUACGCUGUGCAGGUCCACGUGCUCAAAGGGGACAAGGCGGGCGAGUGGUGGAAGUUCACCGUCAACAUCAUAUCGGUCUACAAACAAGGGGAGCAUCGCAUACGGCGCGGAGACCAGCUGCUGUGGGUGCGCGCCAAGGACGUCGCCUGCAAAUGUCCCAAGAUCAAACCCGGGAGGAAGUACUUGCUCAUGGGCUCGGACGAUGACGACUCCCCCGGGCAGAGCGGGGUGGUGGCGGACAAGGGGAGCCUGCUCGUCCCUUGGAAGGACCUGUGGGGACGUCGCCUUCGGAAGUUCCAGCAGCGCGACAAGAGGGGAAAGUGCUAAAGAG